UUACAGGCCUAGUUAGAGGUUUAGAUAAAGGUUUACAAACAGAUAAUCGUAGCGAGGCGCGACCUUGGUGGGUCUACGUCACAGACGGGACAAUACAAGCUGGCACCGCAAAGUAGGGUGUCUCGGGGCGAAGAAAGGGUGACUAAGGCCCUGAGUCUCAGAAUCUGCUCCUUUGAUAAUGCGGAUAUAUCGUGCGGUUUUCAGACGAUGAAAUGUUUACGUUAACGACGCUUCGUGACACGUAAUGAGAUGAGGGGCAUAGAGCAUACAUAAGACGUCAAAAGAGUUUAGGGUCAUCUUGAGUAAUCCAGGACGUGCCUUUGCGGUCACGUAAUUGGAUGGCGCCAGCCCUAGAGCUCGAGGGCGAGCGGCGCUGGACGGCGGCAGUCGGCGUCGAGAAACCGAUCGCGAUGGGAGACAACGUCAGCAAGGAGGAGCUCGGGGAUAACCUGGCGGCGGCGCAGCAGGACAACGGGUUCGAGGACGAGGAGGACUUUAGUUCGGAGGAGACUGACGAGGAGGCGCACGAUCAAGAAGCCCCGGCCUCAUCGAAGGAACCCGUCGCUGCCCAGGGGAAGGAAAGCAACGACACGCUCCCGGACUUGCCCAGGAAGGGGAGUGAGAGGGCAGCGGCGGAAGAGGAAAGCAGCGCCUCCGGAUCAGACGGAAGCGAUUCCGAAAGGGAGGAAGACGGAAGUGCGUUCGGCAAAGAAGGCCGUUCGGCGGACAGUGAAAGGGCUGCUUCGGAAAUGUCGGACGACGACGCAGAGACAAUUGGGAAGGAAGACGGCUCGGCGGAGUCUGUUAGCGAUGUGAACGGAAAUUCCACGGACGCGGAGGAGGAAGGACGAAACGCUAAGGAUAAAAUGGCAAUAUCGCAAAUCCAUAAACCCGAACACAAGCUGGAAGAUGAUGAGAGUAAUGACAAAAAAGAGGUUGUGUCCGAAUCAGUCGCAGAGCCGACAGAAACAUUAGAGGAGGAAAACGGUGACCCGAAACAAGAAAUGGUAGGCAUAUCAGAUAAGUUAUUAGAAUCGGCGCACAAAGAGUUCACAUCUGAAGCCGAGGAAGAUGGGUCGGAAACCGUCGAGGAAAAAGACAGUUCGUCUGACGAAAUGAGCGAAAGGGAAGAUGGUUCGCACAGUGUUUCGGAGAGAGCCGGAGAGGCAGCCGUGUCGGAAUGCGGGCUUUCUGAUUCAGCGAUGAAGCACGUGACCGCUGAGCUUGGAGUGGCCGGGCCAGACGAAGACACCGAGCAUGUACACAAAGAGACUGCGGAGCCUCUUGAAGGGGCAGGUACCUGUACUCUGCAAGUGGAGGGUUUUGGGCGGGAAAGACAGAACUCCUUCGUGGAAGAGACUGUUGUGGAGGUUAUCAGGAAAAGCCUAGAGAGUGUUAGCGCUUUAGAAAUGAAGAUAGAGCCAGAUCCUUCUCUUGUGUCGGCUCAGGCUUCCGAGGGCGCUGUUGUUGUUGAGAGCAAAGACCUAGAGGUGAAGGGCACCAGCAGGUCGGGGGAAACUGCUGAGGAAGCGGAGGGAUUUGCACACGCCGGGGCGCUGGCGAACAUCAGAAAGGAGUCACCGGCAGUGAAAGAAGAACCUGGCGGGCAAGAGCAUGAUGAAUCAAAGCAGGAAGAAGCCACGGGUCCUGAGGCCGAUACAGUUGCAAAUGCGGAUGCUGGAAAGUGUCCAGAAAUAAUAGUGGAGGGCAUUGGCACCUCGCCAAAAAUGGGAGGUGAUCUUGAGACUUUCCUGGUUCAUGCAGACAUGUGCGAGUCUGUUUAUUACGACCGGAACGAAGCUGAGCCAGAAACUUGUCCUGAACCGGUCACUUCCUCAGUUGCCGACACCGCGGAGCACCAGGAAGAAGCACUUAUGUCAGACGCCAUGGAAACCGUAUCGCAGACACAAGCUGAGGCGACGCCGAGAGCAGCAGGGGCUGAAGAUGGGCAACAGACGCCGGGUAUCGAGAUGAGUCCACCUCCGCAUGUGCUGGAAGUUUCGAAUGUCAUCGCGUCCAGUGAUUCUGAACAAGAAAAGGAGGAAGGAGAGGACGCCUGUGGUGGCAGUGGUUCUUCAAAGGACACGGUGGAGGAGGAUGAAGCAGACACGGUGGAGGAUGUGAAGAAAGAUCAGCCUGAAGACGUCACGGUCGAGGGAAGUGAUGAAGCAGGGACUUCUGAAAGUUUUUCAUAUACUGAAGGUGAAGCAGAAUUGUCCGUUGCAAGUGAUACUGAUUCGCGAAUCGCCGUGAGUGAAGUAGAGGGUAUAAACAGUUCUACAUCAGAAGAUGGUACUAAUAAAGCAGACAUUGAAAAAGACGAAUCUGAAGCUGAACUGUCUGCGACAGACGUAACUGUAACUGAAACGGUUGGAGCCGAAGCAGUUGUUGAUAAAGUUGUUACAGCAAAAAGUGCUGACAGCUUUUCAGAUGAGCUUGUAACAGAAUCCGCAUCGGAAGUUAUUGACGAUGAAUCAGGCUUGCAAGUGAUAGAAAAAAGUCGUGUUGCUGAAACUGAAGAUAGUGCAACACCUAUCACUGUGAGUGACGAAAGUGAAAUACAAGAAUGUGUAUCCACAAGAAGCACUGAGGAUGAUUCAGAAUUGAGUGUGUCAGAUGCUACAAAAGAUGGUGUGGUAAGUGAAAUAGAAGUACCAGUUUUACUUGAGAGUGCCGAGGAGGAAACAAAAAUACCAGCUAUAGUAGAAAUAGAAAUACCAGCUACACCUGAAAGUUACGAGGCAGAAACAAUACUACUAGCCACUGCAGACAUAGAAAUACCAGCUACGCCUGAAAGUGACGAGGGAGAAACAGAAAAACUGGUUUUAGCAGUAAGUACUAAGGAAGAAACUGAACUCCCCCUCAUGACGGAUAAGAAAAUAUAUGUGCAACUCCGAGCAGAGGUCCCUGAGAGCAGAGCCGAAGUCGCUGCCGCACCAGAAUGUAUCGAGGAUGAAGCAGAGUUGUCUGGCUCAACAGACAGUAUCGAAGAAGAAACGAAGGAAUCUGUUGAUUUACAAAAAGAAGAAGUAACUCUCACAGAAAUUAGUGAGACUGCAUCAGAAACGCUUGUUCCGUCAGAUAGCACAUUAAGAGAAAAAACAGAGGAUAGUGAAGUGCAAGAGACCGAUGUUACUGAAGAGAUGACUGAGAGCGAAAGAGAGGACGUGACAGAUGUUACGGCAGAAAGCACUGAGGAUGAGAUAGCACACACUACAACGGAAGAAGAAGUAGAAUUACUUGUAACAGAAAUCGAGAAUUUGGAAGAUAAUGAAGAGAACGUUCCAUCAGAGGGUGCUGUUACAACACAGACCGGGGCAGGCGCCCAAGGAGUAGAAAUGUCUGUAGAAGAGAAAGAGGAGGAUGUGUCAACGGAGGAGCCUUUUACACCCGGAAGUAUUGAGAGUGAAAUGGGAGGAACAACAGAAGGUACGGAAAACGAAUCUGUUACAUCAGAGAGCUAUGAAGAAAUAGAAUUGCCAGUUACAACAGGAGAAGAUCAAAGAAAGUUGGCUAAUGCAACAGAAAUUUUUGAAGGCGGAAAAGAGAUCGCAUGUGUAACAGAUGUUGAUACAGAGAAGGGUGUUCCACGUGUAACAGAUAGUGUACAGGAUGAAACAGAAGUCCCAGCUGAAUGUUUCGCGGAAAUCCCUGAAAUAACUAUUACAACAGAAAGUACCGAGGAAUCGUCAGAAAUUUCUGUCCAAACUAGUAGUGAGGAUUCAUCAGAAAUUCCUCGAGCACCAGAGAGUGGCGAAGUAUCAGAAAUAUCUGUUGUAGCAGAAAGUGUAGAGGACGCAUCAGAAAUAUCUGUUGAAGAAGAGAGAUCAGAGGACGCAUCAGAAGUAUCUGUUGCAGCAGAAAGUGUAGAGGACGCAUCAGAAAUAUCUGUUGAAGAAGAGAGAUCAGAGGACGCAUCAAAAGUAUCUGUUGCAGCAGAAAGUGCAGAGGAAGUAUCAGAAAUAUCUGUUGCAACAGAAAGUGCAGAGGAAAUAUCAGAAAUAUCUGUUGCAACGGAAAGUGCAGAGGACGUAUCAGAAAUAUCUGUCACUACAGACAGCGCUGAAGAAGUAUCAGAGGUGUCAGUUGCUACAGAGAGUGCAGAGGAAGUCUCAGAACUCUCAGGGCCAUCAGAAAGCGCCGAAGAAACGUCAGAAAUGUCUGCAGCCUCAGAAAGCCCUGAGGGGGUAUCAGAAUUGUCAGUUAUAUUAGAGAGUACCGAGGAGCCGUCGGAAGUGUCUCAGGCAGCGGAGAGUGUCGAAGGAACGGCAGAGGCUUCUGUUGCAGCAGAAAGCAUCCGAGACACAGCAGCUGCAACAGAGAGCGCCGUGCUAGAGAUCAGAGAGCACGAGGCUGAAGUGUGUGCGGCAGGGAAGGGUGCCGAGGGAGAGUCAAAAAUACCUGUUGCAGCCGAAGGAAUUUGUGAGCAGGGCGAGGGAAAAUCGCAGUCGGAAGUCGGGGAUCAAGUCCAUGAGAAAGCGUCGUUACCCAGCGGUGAGCAGCCUUUCGUUUUGGUUUCGGUUCUGACCUUUUCUGACCUUGCCGCAUUCGGGUCGUCGCUCCGGGCGUAACCUUGCCUUACUCUUGCAAUGAAUGCUAGGUAAGUGGCAUUAUUCUCGCUUGAUUGAGCUACGUUGAUUAAAUGAUGCAGCCUUCAUUGUCGACAAGACCUGAGUAUGUGCAGAAAGGUCACACUUUGUGUAAAGUGUGUGUGUACUUGAUUCGGUUUGCUCGAGUGAUGUAGAAGUGUCAAGGCAUUUCUAUAUGUGCAGGUGGUGUAUUGGUGAGCAUGGUAGUUGUGAAGC